GCUGCGCAGCUAGCGCUACUCUCUAGCUUUCCUUUUUGGAGUUCUGCUUGUCGCGAGCUCGCGUGCUCCGCUCUUCAACUCGUGCAACUUUCAAAAAUCUCCACUUCCCCGCGCAGCAUUCCCCUCGUUCUGCUACAAAACUCGUCCAAUCUUUCUCGGUCAAACCCAGGCGAUCGGAGACAACACUCAAAAAUCAAAUCAAAAUGCAUCGUUGCCCAUCCAUGUUCCCCCUCCUGAUCCUCCUCUUCAACCUUCCGACAUGGUUUGUCCAUGGAGAAGUCGCCAAUGGUGGCCACCAAGACCUCCCUUUCCUCCUCUCCUUCAAAUCCUACAACAAUGCCGCCGCCCUCGAGACCUGGGUCGGCCCCAACCCAUGCUCCGGCUCAUGGCUCGGGGUCAGGUGCUCCAGGGGCAGGGUCGCGGGCGUCUUCUUGGACGACGCCGCACUGCUGGGCAGCGUGGCUCCUCUCCUUGGUCUCACCCAGAUCAGGGUGCUCGCCGUCAGGAACAACUCCCUGACCGGCACUCUCCCUCCACUGAACAACUGCACCAGCCCAAGGUUGAGGCACCUGCUGCUCUCCCACAACAAUCUCAGCGGGAGCCUCAAUCUUUCGCUGCCUUCUCUGGUCACUCUCAGGGCAGAGCACAACAGUUUCAGUGGCAGCUUGCAUGAGCUGCGCGUGCCGAUUAUCACAAGGUUCAACGUGUCCGUUAACAAGCUCGCCGGGGACAUCUCCAGCUCCCUGUCCAUGUUUCCCAGCUCUUCUUUUGGUGGCAAUCUUGAUCUCUGCGGCAAGCCUCUCCCAAAAUGUGUCCAUGCGUACAAUGCAGCGCAAGGUAGCACCUCAAAUGCUACCACUGGCAGUAUCGCUCAAUCUCCUACUACAGGAACAAACGCAAGUAACAGUGCUAUGGAUUCUUCCAGCAACGGAAGAUUCAGUAAGCUUGGCAUGACUGCGCUCCUGGCCACUGGCAUUGGCAAUGCGGUGCUCGUCACGGUCUCGUUGGCCAUCUCUGUGGCCACAUUCAUCUACAUCAGAAGAAAGCUCAGAUCCUCCCCGAUGGAAGACGCUACCAAAUCCAAUGCCGCGCUUGGUUUCGAGCAGGAGGAUGAUGACAAGGUCAGGAGCGGCGAGGACAAGUGCCAGAAGAGCGGCGCGCUCGUCUGCUUCGAGGGUGGCGAGGAGCUGAGGCUGGAGACACUCCUCAAGGCCUCGGCCGAAGUGCUCGGCAAGGGCGUGUCCGGGAGCACCUACAAGGCGGUCCUCGAGGACGGCAUCGUGGCCGCCGUGAAGCGGCUCAGCGCUCUGCAGUUUCCGGGGCGGAGCAAGGCCUUCGACCGCCACAUGCGGCUCGUCGGCAGGCUCCGCCACCGGCACGUCGUCAGCCUCAGGGGCUACUGCAGCUCCAACGGCGAGCGGCUGCUCGUAUACGACUACCUCCCCAACGGGAGCCUCCAGUCCCUUCUGCAAAUCAAUGGUGGAGGUGGGAGAACGAGAAGCUUGGAAUGGGGGACGAGGAAGGGCAUCAUGUUCGACGCGGCGCAGGGACUCAACUACAUCCACACGUUCCCGGCGCGGCCGGCGCUGGUGCACGGGAACGUGAAGCCGUCCAACAUCCUCCUCGACGAACGCGGCGCUGCGUGCGUCUCGGAGUGCGGGCUCAUGCGCUACGCCGUCAACCUCCAGCAGUCCGUCCCGCAGGGUCCCGAGGUGUUCCUGGACCGGGCGGCGGGGGGUGGCGGCGGAUGGCGCGGGUACGCGGCGCCGGAGCUGGCGGCGUCGGGCGCGAGGGCGACGCAGGAGUCGGACGUGUACAGCUUCGGGAUGAUGCUUCUCGCGGUGGUGACGGCCAAGGGCGGCGAGGAGGAGGGCGGAGGGGAGGAGACGAUGGGGAUGGUUAGGAUCGGCGUCCUCUGCACCGCCGAGGCGCCGGAGGAGAGGCCCAGGAUGUCGCAGGUGCUCACCAUGAUGAGCGAAUUCAUCUAGUGGUCAGCCAAUGCAUCAUCAGGCAGUGCAUCAUCACCAAGACCAUCAUCAGCUAAUGACCUACCAGCCAACGACUGUUCUACGAAUGCCAUUAGCUGGAGCACCUCAAAUGCUACAUAGUAGAGUGAAAGAUUUUAUUAUCGUCUUCCUUUCUGUGACCGUUAGGUUCUUGUUGUACCGAGUCCUCUAUGUUUGGAUGUAGCAUGCUUGGCAUGGUAAUCUCACCACAUUUAAACCAUGGUAACUACUAAUAUGAUA